AUGCUUCGUAUAGUCGCGUCUGCUUCUCGUCCAACUCGACUUGCUGUAGCAAACCGUAGGAAUAUCGCAUCCACAUCCGCUCGUCAGGCCGACAUCACCCUUACCGUCGACGGUAAAGAGGUGACUGUACCGCAAGGCUCCGCUCUCAUACAGGCCUGUGAAGCGGCUGGAUCACCAAUACCCAGAUUCUGCUACCAUGAUAGGCUCGCUAUAGCUGGCAAUUGCCGGUGGCAUGUGCCUCGUCGAGGUACAACGCUCACCAAAACCCGUUGCGUCAUGGCUCGUUCUCUCCCUUUUUUGGUGUCGAGUUUUUUUUACUCUUCCUCCAGUGCGGCACCUGCCAUGAACGGUCAAGUGGUUUUCACCAACACCCCGCUUGUCCACGAGGCCCGUGAAGGAGUAAUGGAAUUUCUUCUCGCCAACCAUCCCCUCGACUGCCCCAUUUGCGACCAAGGUGGCGAAUGCGAUCUACAAGACCAGUCCAUUCGUUAUGGUUCCGACCGCACUCGUUUCCAUGAGAUAACAGGCAAGCGCGCCGUCUCGAAUAAAGACUUGGGGCCCAUCGUCAAGACCUCUAUGAAUCGCUGCAUCCAAUGCACUCGUUGUGUCCGCUUCGCUAAUGAAGUCGCUGGGGUUGAAGAUUUGGGUACAACUGGUCGCGGAAACGAUCUGCAAAUUGGUAUGUAUGUGGAGAAAAUGAUGGAUUCCGAGCUUUCUGGCAAUGUCAUCGACCUUUGCCCAGUCGGAGCAUUGACGAGCAAGCCCUAUGCUUUCCAAGCGCGACCGUGGGAAUUAAAGAACACGGAGAGCAUUGAUGUUCUCGAUGCUGUUGGCAGCAACAUUCGUGUUGACUCUCGUGGCGUUCAAGUCAUGCGAAUCCAGCCACGCACCAAUGACAAUGUCAACGAAGAAUGGAUUAGUGACAAAACUCGUUAUGCUUACGAUGGCCUGCGCACACAGCGGCUCACAACACCUCUCGUGAAAGGCCCCGACAACCGCUUCGUUGCUGCGUCUUGGCCUGACGCCCUUUCCGCCAUUGCUGACGGCCUCAAACGUACUGGCGCAUCAGGUAACGAGAUUAAAGCUGUUGCUGGCCAUCUAGCAGAUACCGAAAGUCUUGUGGUCUUGAAGGACUUGGUCAAUCGGCUCGGCUCGGACAACCUUGCAAGUGACUUAGCGGACAAAUCUGGUGACGCUCCACCAGUUCACGGUGUUGACAUCAAGUCGAAUUAUUCUUUCAAUAGCAGCAUUCCGGGUUUAGAAAGUGCUGAUGCCAUUCUUCUUGUCGGCACCAACCCUAGACAUGAAGCGGCCGUCCUCAACUCACGGAUACGCAAGAGCUGGUUACACUCAGAGCUCGUGGUUGGAAUGGUUGGGCCCCGUGCCGAUACCACAUAUGCAUACGAACAUCUAGGUGAAGACGCCAAAGCCCUGCAGAAAUUCCUUGGUGGCAAGACCAAUGGCGACUUCGCUGAACGCUGGGCGAAAGCCGAGCGACCAAUGAUUAUCGUUGGAAGCGCGAUUGGAGAGCAUGUCGAUGGAGAAGCUGUCUUCAGUAUGCUUGCUCAGUAUAUCCAGUCUGCGGGAACUCGUUUGGUUCGUGACGAUUGGAAUGGAUUCAACGUUCUACAAAGGGUGGCCUCCCGACCUGCUGCAUACGAAAUUGGCUUCGUCCCGUCCCGUGCUGCCGCGUCUACCACUCCUAAAUUCAUAUAUUUGCUCAAUGCCGAUGAAAUUGACCCUGCAUCUAUCCCGGCAGAUGCGUUUGUCGUCUACCAGGGACAUCACGGUGACCGUGGAGCCGCUUUGGCUGAUGUCUGUCUACCUGGCGCAGCUUAUACCGAGAAAGGCGCCACUUGGGUGAACACCGAAGGCCGUAGCCAACUUGGACGCGCCGCAGUCCCUCCUCCUGGUGCGGCACGUGACGACUGGAAGAUUGUCCGCGCGUUGGCUGAGGUUGUCGGCGUUGAUCUGCCAUAUGAUGAUGUUGUAAGCGUCAGGGAUCGGAUGUGGGCGAUUUCUCCUUCGUUGGUGAGAUGGGAUGCGUUGGAGGAGACCUCGUUGCCGGUCGCCAAGGCAGGCCUCGCUUCUCUAGCGGGAAAGAAGAAAGCGGCCACUGGACAAAAAUUAGAGCUGCCCAUCACGAAUUUCUACCAAACGGACGUCGUUUCCCGAGCUUCGGUGACUAUGGCCCAGUGCACACGAGCAUUUGUGACACGGGAAAGUGAGCCAUUAGCAAAGGGCGCCGUAGAAAUGCAUGCAUAG